CACAUUUUUAUUUUUUUAUCUGGAAAAGAUAGCUAAUAUAAUAAUUCUGGAGCAUUAAGAAAUUGCUACAGUUAUUUCUGAUGGUUUUGUUCCCGUAUUCUAUAGAGGAUUCGAUAAAAAAUACGCUGCUGAAUAUGAAGCUCUUGAUUGUCUUUGCAAUUCUCUUCGGAGCAGUUUCAUGCUAUGAAAGCUACAGUGAGUGCUACGACAGAGAAUUCUCACAGUGUGCUGAAGAAUACCUUGAUACCAAUACAAGAUUCAACGAUACAUGUUCUAAAUUGAAGGCACAAAUUCGAUGCACUAUCCGAGGAGCACAGGAAUGUGAUACAGGAUUCUUAGAAGAAGCAUAUAAGGUUGAGAAAGUUUUGGAUCAUGCUUGUUCGAAACCAACCAAUGGCGCCUUUCAGAGAUACAGACAAUGCUACGGAAAAGCUGUUGGCGAUGGGCACUGCAUUAAACCUAUUGACAAGAUAAGGAAAGAUAAAAUUACUUUUAAGGAACAGCUUGAAAGCGAAAGAGAAAUUUGCAUGCAAAUUAAUAGAUUCAAGAGAUGUAUGGUCACUAACGUCGAGGAUACCUGUGGUGGAGUCAGCGAGGAUUAUUUCUCUUACUUCCUCGAUCCUCUAGUUGCCUUGAACGAACGCAUAUGCAGAGAAAUCGUUUUCACAAUUGAUGAGAACUCAAAUCCCUUCACCUUCUUAGGAUUUCCACGCGUGUACCGUAUUAUUGUAGAGCUCUUUAAUCGGAUUUAAAAAGAGAAAAUGAAAUAAAAUGUUCCUAACAUU